UAAAAUAUUUUGAUUAUUAUUUUAAAAUAUAUUGAUUAUUAUUUUUUAAAAUUUCUAUAUUUUUUUUAAAAAUAAACAUUUUUACAAAAAAAUUAUUUUUAAAAAAAAAUGUAAAAAAAAAAAUUGCGGGUUGGCGGGUACCCGCGUUUAAAAAUCCACCAACCCGCACCCGCCCCACAUAAAAUGCUCAUAACCCGCACCCGCACCGGCGAAUCAUUUUUUCUAAAUUGUUCGACCCGAACCCGCCCCGCGACGGGUCAAACGGGCCGGGCCCCGCGGGUAAAAACUCAUAUUCCCAGGCCUAGAUAGCCCCAAACCAAUUUUUUGUUCCCAAACUAGCAUUCAAGGCCCAAAGUCACAAAAUAGGUUUCAUUAAAGAGGAUCAUUUACUCUUAUGCCCCUCUCUUUCUCUAAUUAUAUUUUUUUCUUCUGAAAAUUGAAAUCACGAAAGCACUACGACAGCUCAUCUCUUCUCCGGCGUCAAUCAUCUCCAGCAUGAAUCAUCUCAGUCAUCAUCAUCUCCGGCAUCGAUCAUCUCGUCCAUCAUCGUCUCAGGCGUCGAUCGUCUCCGGCGUCGUUCAUCUCCGCUGUACUGCAUCCGAGGCACUCUAUAAUCCAGAUGUGUCUAAUGUGGAUCUGGAACCAUACAGUCAUUGGAGUCUGAACUUUCGAAGAAACUCGAGAUUACAGAGAAUGCAAAAGAGGAGAACGACGAAGAAGAAGAAGGAAGCAAAGCUGAGACUUCAACUACGAAUAAGAAGAAAAACAAGAAUAAAAGCAAGAAGAAGCCCCAGCAGACUGAUCCGCCUACAAUCCCUAUCGUGAAGUUUUUCCCAUCUGGAGACUUUCCUGAAGGUGAAAUCCAACAGUAUAAGGAUGAGUAAGUUCCAUACCAACAACUCUAUUCGGAACAGCUUUAUAGUAUGCAAUAAGCUUGUGGAUUUAGUUCAUAUAGCUUCUGUCUUUGCAUCUGUUAAACUCCAUCGUAUUUUUAGUCUUUUUCUUUUUAAUACUUUUUUUCUUCUCUUGUUACCUUUAUGACACUUUAAGAUCGUGAUCUCUGUAAUGUAGCAAUUUGUUUGUGUUUUAUAAUGAUACCACAUUUAACACUUUCUUGAUAUAAUUACUGAAAAUGCUUCAAGCUA